CCUCAAGUCUCUAUCCUCACUGCUUUCUCCUUACUUUUAAAUAUUUUCCCCAGAGGUUUAGGGGAGAAAGUGAGUGGAAUGGGGAAGGGUCUCUCUGUGGCCGAAUUGAGAGGAGAGAGAAAGCGGGGGCUUCUGAGUGGGUGACCCGGACUUAGGAUUUGGGGUGGGGCAGUUUAUAGGGUGCUGUAAUUGAAAGGCAUCGGCUUAUUCCCAACUCUUUUCUCCUUGUUUCCUCCACUAUGGGCGGAAGGUUUGAAUCCGGGAGGUGGGGUCUCCUGUUUGGAGUUGGGGAAACUGUGAGGUGAUUUUGAGCUGGUAUGGAAGAUUGAGGAAGCAUUGGGAUGGUAAACUGAUCAUCUCCAUAAAGGUCAUUGAUUCUCCUCAUGUAAAGUAUGCUCAGUUCGUUUCCAGUGGUUUUGCUGGAAACCAUGUCUCACUAUACAGAUGAACCCAGAUUUACCAUAGAGCAAAUAGAUCUACUUCAGCGCCUUCGACGUACUGGAAUGACUAAACAUGAAAUUCUCCAUGCCUUGGAAACUUUGGAACGUCUUGAUCAAGAGCAUAGUGAUAAGUUUGGAAGAAGGUCCAGCUAUGGAGGAAGUUCAUAUGGAAAUAGUACUAAUAAUGUUCCAGCAUCUUCCUCUACAGCUACAGCUUCCACACAGACCCAGCAUUCUGGAAUGUCCCCAUCACCCAGCAACAGUUAUGAUACCUCCCCACAACCUUGCACUACCAAUCAGAAUGGGAGAGAGAAUAGCGAGCGAUUGUCUACUUCCAAUGGAAAGAUGUCACCAACUCGCUAUCAUGCAAACAGCAUGAGUCAAAGGUCAUACAGUUUUGAAGCCUCAGAAGAGGACCUAGAUGUAGAUGAUAAAGUGGAGGAGUUAAUGAGGAGGGACAGCAGUGUGAUAAAAGAGGAAAUCAAAGCCUUUCUUGCCAAUCGGAGGAUUUCCCAAGCAGUUGUUGCACAGGUAACAGGUAUCAGUCAAAGCCGGAUCUCUCACUGGCUAUUGCAGCAGGGAUCAGACCUAAGCGAACAGAAGAAGAGGGCAUUUUAUCGAUGGUAUCAACUUGAAAAGACAAAUCCUGGGGCUACACUAAGUAUGAGACCUGCUCCCAUCCCAAUAGAGGACCCAGAAUGGAGACAAACACCUCCCCCAGUAUCUGCCACAUCUGGCACCUUCCGACUAAGACGGGGUAGUCGAUUUACCUGGAGAAAGGAAUGCCUGGCUGUCAUGGAAAGUUACUUCAAUGAGAACCAAUACCCAGAUGAAGCAAAGAGAGAAGAAAUUGCCAAUGCUUGCAACGCAGUCAUACAGAAACCAGGCAAAAAGCUGUCAGAUCUGGAACGUGUUACCUCCCUGAAAGUAUAUAAUUGGUUUGCUAACAGACGGAAGGAGAUCAAGAGGAGAGCCAAUAUCGAAGCAGCAAUCCUGGAGAGUCAUGGGAUAGAUGUACAGAGUCCAGGCGGCCAUUCCAACAGUGAUGAUGUCGAUGGAAAUGACUACUCAGAGCAGGAUGACAGCACUAGCCAUAGUGACCACCAAGACCCCAUCUCAUUAGCUGUGGAAAUGGCCGCAGUCAACCACACUAUCUUGGCAUUGGCCCGACAAGGGGCCAACGAAAUCAAGACAGAGGCCCUGGAUGACGACUGAUCAGGGAGGGUGAAACACAAGACGUUAACUUAGUUUUAGAUGUAGCACCUUAGCAGACUUUCCUCGGUCCUUAACAUGUGUUCUUACAGUAUAACUUUGCAGUUUCUUGUAUGUCAGUUAGCUGUUAGGGUCUUGUUCUGUGAAGAUGGCAUGGUGCCCUCAGCCUUUGCAUAUACUCUCUCAGUAUUAAUUCCCAGUAAAUAAUAACCAACCAACCAACCAAACUUCUCUCCCAGCCCCCGAGGCUAGAAAAUCUUGCUGCUCCGUCUUAGCAUUCCAAGAAAGUGCUUCCAGGUAUUUAGAUAUCCCUCAGUUCUCAAAUAUUAGGCUACGUGUAAAAUUUUGGAUCCCUUUAGAUUCAUCCCCUUAUCCUUCCCAAGACUGAUAGGAUGCAAGCUGAGGUUGUGUGGCACAGGAUUGACAGACACCGUUUGGGGAGUAUGCACAGAGUAAAAGGAACACUAGAAUCCCCACCUCAGCAUGAGAAUAAUUGAUUUCCAGCUGCAAUAAGCCGUGCCUCAUUAUAGUCACACUGUGGCUAGAUUAUACUUCUUUGGGUGCUGUGCUAAGAAUGUCAAUGGAAAAACUUGAUCUCAGAAUUUGGUUGAUGUAAACAUGCUUGACGCAGACAUCCUCUCCUCUCACAAGCUGUGUGACUUAGUAGAUAAAAUACUGCCUUUUGCCUUUGGGACCAUGAUUUAAAAAAAAUAAAUAAAAGAGAGAGAGAGAGAAACACAAAUCAUUAAAACAAAAAACAAAAACCCAGCUUGAGAGCAUUUGAAAAAAAUUGAGUGGAUUGUCUAAUGGGUGCUAAAGUCCAGUUCUCAGCACCACUGUACAUUACGUGGCACGGUUACCAGUGCCUGCCUGGAAACGUCCCGAGGUCAUCACAGAAGUUACUUUGCCUCCUGUCUGGGUCCCUUUUCCCUGCUACCAACAAAAGGUUUUCAAGGAUGGAACUAAGGUCAAACAUGAGUGAAUGAACUUGUUGUUAGUCUUUGUACCCAUUAACUGAAGCCACCUCGCUUUGAGAGGUUGAUUGAGGACUAGAGAGUGGGAGUAUGCUGACUGACUAUCACAAGUGCAAAUACUUGCCUAAGUAGGAGCAGAAAACUGCAGGGGACGUUGACCACGGGCAUGUGGCUGUGUGAGACCCAGGGGAUGUGAGGGCUCCCCUGUGCUCUUUACUCUGUCCUUGUAGAGGUGUGAAAAGCUAUAUUGCUACAGGCAAUUUAUUUAAUAAUUGGAAGCCAUAUUGAUAAUGGAUGUGGUAAUAUUUGUAAAGUUUAAUCUACUUUAAGCGGCAGUAACUAAUGGAAUUUUUUUCCUUGAUCACAUAUGUAGCACUUUUGUUACUUUUUAAAGAUAUUUAUAUUUGAUAAAUCCUUUUUUUCAUUUUGAGAACUCAAAAUACCAAACAGUGAACUUGUGUCAAAAAGUCACCCUGUGAUCACCUUGUCAUCUAGUUGCAAAAUGAUGAACUAUUCAUGCAUCAAAGAAAAUUACAUCUGCUGGCCUUGUAUGAAAAUGAUGUCUUGGCAUCCCGUUUAAAUGACACACUGUCACUGCGGGUAA